AUGGAAAUGAAUGAUCAAGACGAAUCAAGGCCAUUACUUUCCAAUUACCCAAGGCCUUUUGAUAACCAUGAACCAAGCUAUGGUGUUGGUAGUCCUGUGUUGGCAAACGUUGCCAAGCUCUAUGACUUUCGCCGACGGCUAUUAAUAAUGUUGUUAGCAAUCCUAGGUAUCCUUCUCUUGCCAGCUACGUUAUAUAGUGGUGCACCUACUGGUGAGCAGUUGCAACAGUACUUUACUGACACUACCAAAACGGCAGUACAGGGAGUAAAAUUUAAAGGCUGGCGUGCUCCUAGUGAUCCCAAUUUCCGCAGGUCAGAUUUUGCGGUUUCUAGUGCAGACAAAUGGAUGGUUUUUGGAGUGAAUUUAACGGUUCAUAUGGACUAUGAUUCCAAUAAGACUUCAACUAUGACUGGUCGGCAGGAAUGGGCUGUUAAAACGGUAGCCAGCAAGUUUAUUCGAAAUGUUUGCGUUACAGUAAGUAAUUCCACUACUUAUGGUGAAGAUGAAGAUGAAGAUGAUAGUAUUGCAAUAUUGGGAUCCGCGUUUAGUCCAGACAAGAAUUGUUUCAGUUUAGGGACAAAUAAAACUACAGAGCUUGUGGUUGAUAUAUAUCUGCAACCGCAAAUUAAGAAUUUAGCGAAAUUGCUCAAGCGUUACCAAGAUGGCCUGGACCUAGAGAAUGCUAUUUGGUCGGAUAUAAAGGUCGCAAUAGACAUGCCUAUCUUAGGAAAUAAGUUUUAUUGGUCUCUAAGAGACAUGAAUAUUAAAAACUUUAGAUGGUACAAGUACAUCCCAUGGGAGAAAUUUCGACGAACGCUUAGGCAUCUUUACACUAUUACUAAAGAGAUCGUUGAGGAUGCGAAAGUAGAGAAUAUACAUGUUGAAGAUGCACCUGGAGGAACUGGUUUCCUCAUGCGUGGCAAUCUUAACACACCACACAUUUUAAAAAUGCCAGAAUGGUUGAAUGUUGAUCUUGAUACCAUGGUUCCAUCAACAGAGUGGGGACUCAGAUUACCUGCCUGUGAAUUUGAUGAUUUCGUUGAAUUAGAUGGCACUAAUAUUAGUAUCAUGGAAGUUCCAUUAAGUGAACUUUUUGAAGGUGAAAAUAUAUCAUUACCAAUUGAAGUUUACCUAGCAGGUCCUAUUUCGGGAAAACUACUGUACGAAAUUUGUUCUUAUCAGAGAGAAAACUUAAUAACACCAAUAUCCAAGCUUUUAAGAAGACUUUUUGAGCCCAACGAACCUAUUCAGGUAAGUAUUUUUGGUCAUAAAGCUAUUCAACGUGAGGAUAGUAUCAUUCCUGUGGAAUUUGCUUCUGAAAUUGUGCGAAAUAUCGAUUCAUCAUUUAAACUAAAUUACACUUCGACCCAAGAAGAUCUCAUUGACGAGAUUGGCAUGAAAAGCUUGAAUUUAAAAUGGCACAAUAAUGGUGCCAUAAGAACACUAAUAGUUACAGGCGAUAUUGUAGGAACCAUGCACAUUCCUUCUUAUGAGUUAAAUGAAAACUCUAAUAUAAAUAUCACCCAUGUUAAAGGAUUGGCCAAACUUUAUCAUAACGGUAUACAUAUUGUUGAUGCGCCAAUGAAAACAUGGACACGAUGCUUAGUCAAAAUCGUUGAUAAUAAGCUGCAAUUUAUAGUGCAAGUUAACGAAGAAGAUGUGGAAAUAGUAAAUGGCUUACAAUUAAGUCGUUGUUUGAAUGAAGUCCUUCUGAGGGGUAGAACAAAGUUACAAUACAAGGUGGUCAUAGAUCUAAUUACCACAUCGCCAUUAGGAAAGAUUCCACUUUUUAGUGUUCCUGGAGAGGGAAAUACCGUAAUUACAAAGAAAAUGAGCAGAUGA